AUGGGUCAAGGUCGCCGUAUGAAGAAGCAGGGCAUGCCCGAUGUCCUCGACGAAUCGCUAGUUACGAGGAAGCGAAAAGAUGCGCCCGACGCCGUGAACCCGGAGCGCAAGAAGAGGAGCAGGACAGCUGCAAGGGAAGCUAAAGAGGCCAAGGCCAAGUUGGUACCCAAGACGAGGGUAGCUGGAAAGCCCGUCAAGCCUGUGAAGCAGCCUCUGAAGACGGCUGCAGCUGUCGUGAACGGAGCGAAAGCAAAGGCAAAGAAGGCGGCGCCUCUACCACCUUCGGACGAUGAGGAUGACAUGUCAGACAUUGAGGAUUCCGAUAUGGAGAACAUCAACGUUACCGGACUUGAUGCGCUCGGUAGCGCAUCCGAAGGCGAAGACGACGAAGACAUGGACGAUGACGACUUUGGCUCCGACGUUGUGGAUUCGGAUGACGAUAUCAGGCGAGGCGCGGCCAUGUGGUCAGACGAUGAUGACGAGGAGGACGCCGAAGAGAAGCUCACAGCCGCCAACAUUGCUGGUCUGUCUACGCGAUUGGACAUGCAGAAGGCGAUUGAGGAUGCGGAGGCGCAAGCCGAGUUGGAGGAGAGCAACAUGCAAACCAACAUCGUCGCAGAGAGGCCCAAGAUUCUGGAGGACGAGGACGAGGAUGGCAGGCCGAUCACAAAUCUCGUCAACCAGGACAUCCAGCUGUUGCGCACACGACUUACCGACACUAUCCGUGUACUGGACGAUUUCAAGAACCUGGCUGAGGAGGGGCGAAGCAGGGCGGAAUACAGAGCGUCGCUUUUGAAGGACAUCUGUGCUUACUACGGCUACUCCGAAUUCCUAGCUGACAAGCUGCUCAACCUCUUCCCACCUCGCGAAGCGCAAGCCUUCUUCGAAGCCAACGAAACCCCCAGACCAGUCGUUAUCCGAACAAACACCCUCCGAACACACCGAAGAGAACUUGCGCAAAGCUUGAUCAACCGCGGUGUACAACUUGAGCCCGUUGGAAAGUGGUCUAAAGUUGGUCUGCAGAUUUUCGAUGCGCAAGUGCCGCUCGGAGCCACACCUGAAUACCUCGCUGGACACUACAUUCUCCAGGCCGCUUCCUCGUUCCUGCCCGUUAUGGCACUGGCACCUCAAGAAAACGAGCGCGUGCUAGAUAUGGCUGCUGCUCCUGGUGGAAAAACAACACAUUUGGCGGCUUUGAUGAAGAACACUGGAUGCAUCUUUGCCAACGAUGCCAACAAGGAUCGUGCCAAGGGUCUGAUAGGAAACAUCCACCGUCUAGGCGCGAGAAACGUUAUCGUCUCCCACUACUCGGCUCUUGAGUUCCCUAGGGUCAUGGGUGGUUUCGACCGUGUACUUCUUGACGCUCCUUGCUCUGGUACAGGUGUCAUCGCCAAGGAUGCCAGUGUCAAGACCAACAAGACCGAAGCCGACUUCAUGAAGCUACCCCAUCUCCAGAAGCAGCUGUUGCUCGCCGCUAUCGACUCUGUCAACCACCACUCGAAAACUGGAGGAUACAUCGUCUACAGUACCUGUUCAGUAACUCUUGAAGAGAACGAGCAAGUCGUUCAGUACGCAUUGAACAAGCGACCGAACGUCAAGCUCGUAGAGACCGGCCUCACCUUCGGUAAGGAAGGAUUCACCAACAUCGGCGGCAAGGCCUUCCACCCCUCGAUGAAGAUGACAAGGAGAUACUACCCCCACACAUACAACGUCGACGGUUUCUUCGUCGCCAAGUUCAAGAAGAUCGCGCCUACCCCGCCCAACGCCGUCGGCGUCAACGAAUCCUCAGUUGCAAAGGCCAAGAAUACCGCCAACCCCAACGCCCCAGCCACCGGACUCGAGAUCGUCGAUCGUCGGCCCAUCGAAGCGGACAGCGACGAUGAAUCAGACUUUGGUGGCUUCGACGAGGAUGAGGACGAGAAGUACAUGGAGAAGGCUAAGGUUAAGACAAUGCGCAGGAAGGGUAAGGACCCUAGGGCUGUUGUGCCAAAGGGCGAGAAGGCUGCAAAUGGCACUGCUAAGGAAGCAACAAAGGAGACCGCUAAGGAGUCGCCCAAGAAGCCCGCUAAGGAGGCGACCAAGGAGUCGCCCAAGGAGAUCGCAAAGGUCAAGAACGGCGACGUUAGCGCAAAGGAGAAGGCAGGCAGGAAAGAGAAGAAGGGCGGUGGUAUCGAAGUCGCGUCUACACCCAACGGCGUCAGCGCGAAGGAGACCAAGGUUGAGUCUAAGAAGGCGCGGAGAAAGAGUGGUGAUAAGAACAAGGCAUAG